AUGUCCACCCUCGAGGAGCUCGACGAUCUUGAGCACGAUGGCCGUGAAGACAAGGACGAGAAGAAGGAGGACGGCCGGGGCAAAAAAGACGGCUCCGGAAACAACGCCACGGUAGAAGACGCCGACGACGAGGACAUGAAGGAUGCCGAGACAGAAGAGGAUGACGUGCUGGACGAGGAGAUUCUCAGCCUCAGCACCCAGGAAAUCAUAACCCGCCGACGACUAUUGGAAAACGAAUCCCGGAUAAUGCGAAGCGAGUACCAGCGCCUGUCACACGAAAGAGCAACAAUGGCCGAGAAAAUCAAGGACAACCAGGACAAGAUCGCUAACAACCGGCAGCUUCCUUACCUUGUCGGCAAUGUGGUUGAGUUGCUAGAUCUUGAUCCUACUGCGGAGUCAUCGGAGGAGGGCGCCAAUAUCGACCUCGACGCAACACGGGUAGGCAAAUCGGCAGUGAUUAAGACCUCUACGCGGCAGACCAUCUUUCUGCCUCUGAUCGGCUUGGUCGACCCCGAGACCUUGAAGCCGGGCGACCUCAUCGGUGUCAACAAGGACUCGUAUCUCAUUCUCGACACUCUGCCGGCCGAGUACGACAGCCGUGUCAAGGCCAUGGAGGUUGACGAGAAGCCGACAGAGAAGUACAGUGAUGUCGGCGGCUUGGAUAAGCAGAUAGAGGAAUUGGUCGAGGCUAUUGUGUGGCCGAUGAAGGAGGCCGAGCGCUUCAAGAAGAUCGGUAUCAAGGCACCAAAGGGCGCCCUGAUGUACGGUCCUCCCGGUACCGGCAAGACGCUGCUGGCGCGUGCAUGCGCAGCCCAGACGGACGCGACCUUUCUCAAGCUGGCCGGCCCCCAGCUGGUGCAGAUGUUCAUCGGCGACGGCGCGAAGCUGGUGCGCGACUGUUUUGCCCUGGCUAAGGAGAAGGCGCCGGCAAUCAUCUUCAUUGACGAGCUGGAUGCCGUCGGCACGAAGCGAUUCGACUCGACCAAGUCCGGCGACCGCGAGGUGCAGCGGACGAUGCUGGAACUGCUCAACCAGCUAGACGGCUUCGCGUCCGACGAUCGGAUCAAGGUGCUGGCGGCAACGAACCGUGUCGACGUGCUGGACCCCGCGCUGCUGCGAUCUGGCCGCCUCGACCGCAAGAUUGAGUUCCCCCUGCCUAACGAGGAGGCGCGGGCGCAGAUCCUCAAGAUCCACAGCCGCAAGAUGAAGAUCGAUGCCCACGUCAACUGGGGCGAACUGGCCCGCAGCACCGACGAGUUUGGCGGCGCCAUGCUCAAGGCCGUCUGCGUCGAGGCUGGCAUGAUCGCCCUUCGCAUGGGCAAAAACCGCAUCAGCCAUGAGCACUACGUUGAUGCCAUUGCCGAGGUCCAGGCCAAGAAGAAGGACACUGUCAAUUUCUACGCUUAA